CAUUUCCCAAUUCAGAUUUUUCUGUGUUCGGAAAUAUUUUGGAAGAAGAACAAAAGAACUAAACAACAACUACCAACGAACCAAUCAAAGCUCCAAACUUUGAACCAAAAAUCAACACGCAUAGAGUGAGAUUUGAGAUGGGAAGCACAAGCGGUUCUCUAAUUCCCCAAUUACACUUCAAUCUCAAUCUCAACCUCAACAACAAUAAGCACAGCUGUUUCGAUCGUUUUGGGUCUAACUCAGUCAGAACACAGUUGAGCUCAAUUCAAGCUCAAAACCCCAAAACCCAAAACCCAAUAUUGAGGUUAACGACUCGGAGGAGGAAGAAUUCUGGGUCUGGAGUUUGUUUUGCUGUUGAUGAUGAUUUGAGAGAGAAGCAGAUUGAAUUGGGUAGUGGGAUUGGCUCUGCUGUUGAAGAUAGACCUGAUGUUGCUGACAUUUCAACAGAAGAAGCGCUUGGAAAUCUUGCCCGAAAAAAUGGGGGAAGUCCCAUUUAUGACUUUCUAUAUCCCGAGAAAGAGCUUCUCCCGGACGAUAAAGAAAUGAGCUUAUUUGAUCAUCUUGAAGAGCUGCGCGAGAGGCUUUUUAUAUCAGUUUUGGCAGUUGGAGGAGCCAUCGUCGGUUGCUUUGCAUUUUCGAAAGAAUUGAUCAUGAUUCUUGAAGCUCCAGUUAAAACACAGGGUGUUAGGUUCCUGCAGCUCGCUCCUGGCGAGUUUUUCUUCACAUCUCUAAAGGUAUCAGGAUACUGUGGUCUUCUCAUAGGAAGCCCUAUCAUCCUAUAUGAGAUUAUAGCAUUUGUUCUUCCAGGGUUAACAAAAUCAGAAAGAAGAUUUCUGGGGCCGAUUGUUUUAGGCUCCUCGGUACUUUUCUAUGCUGGAAUUGUCUUCUCCUACUUGGUUCUUGCACCAGCAGCAUUGACCUUUUUCGUUACUUAUGCCGAAGGAGUUGUGGAAUCACUAUGGUCCAUUGAUCAGUACUUUGAGUUUAUACUUAUUCUCAUGUUCAGCACAGGCUUGUCUUUCCAGGUUCCGGUUAUUCAGUUCCUAUUGGGACAAGUAGGGCUUUUCACAGGAGACCAAAUGUUGUCGAUAUGGAGAUAUGUUGUAGUCGGGGCGGUUGUGGUGGCUGCUGUCUUGACACCAUCAACCGAUCCUCUUACUCAGUGUCUUCUGGCAGCACCGUUGCUCGGUCUCUACUUGGGCGGUGCCUGGAUGGUUAAGGUUACAGGGCGUUAAACCGUUCGAAAAUGCAUGAUUGUUCCAAUAAGCCUUUGUCAGAUUGAGAGUCUAGAGAAAAAAAAAAUCAUGUAAAUUCAUAUCAGCAUGUAAAUUCAGAGGGCAUAAAGCUAUAAGCCACUCGUAUAAAUUUUCCGAAUUUAUCGACUAUUGUAGACAUUUUCUAAUGAAAUAUACAGUUGGUAACAGUUAUUUUUCAA